AACGCGUUCCCAUGGAGCAAUGCCAUGCUCCAGUGGCAGCGCACCGGCUUCCACUUCCAGCCCGAGAAGAACUGGAUGAACGACCCCAACGGUCCGGUGUACUACAAGGGGUGGUAUCACCUCUUCUACCAGUACAACCCCGACGGAGCAAUAUGGGGCAACAAGAUAGCAUGGGGCCAUGCCGCGUCCCGCGACCUCCUGCGGUGGCGCCACCUCCCCGUGGCAAUGUCCCCCGACCAGUGGUACGACAUCAACGGUGUUUGGUCAGGCUCCGCUACCGUCCUUCCCGACGGCCGCAUCGUCAUACUCUACACCGGCUCAACCAACGCCUCCGUCCAGGUCCAAUGCCUCGCCUUCCCCACCGAUCCAUCUGACCCGUUGUUAAUCAACUGGACCAAGUAUGAGAACAACCCGGUGAUGUACCCACCACCGGGCGUCGGGGAGAAGGACUUCAGGGACCCGACCACUGCGUGGUUUGAUGGUUCCGACGACACAUGGCGGCUCAUCAUCGGCUCCAAGGAUGACCGCCAUGCCGGCAUGGUCAUGACCUACAAGACCAAGGAUUUCAUGGAAUACGAGCUUGUCCACGGGUUGCUUCACCAGGUUCCAGGGACAGGCAUGUGGGAGUGCAUCGACCUAUACCCGGUCGGUGGCGUGAGGGGCAUCGACAUGACAGACGCGGUGGCGGCAUCGUCCACCAAUGGCGGCGACGAUGUGUUGCACGUGAUGAAGGAGAGCUCUGACGAUGACCGGCACGACUACUAUGCGUUGGGGAGGUAUGACGGGGCGAAGAACACAUGGACACCGCUGGACGUCGACGCCGAUCUCGGCAUCGGGCUGAGGUACGACUGGGGGAAGUUCUACGCAUCCAAGACGUUCUAUGAUCCGGCAAAGAAGCGGCGUGUGCUGUGGGGGUGGGUUGGCGAGACCGACUCCGAGCGCGCCGACGUCGCCAAGGGAUGGGCCUCGCUCCAGUCGGCCCCUCGCAUGGUGGUGCUGGACACCAAGACAGGAAGCAACCUCCUUCAGUGGCCGGUGGAGGAGGUGGAGACGCUCCGGACCAACUCCACUGACCUUGGCGGCGUCACCAUUGACUGCGGCUCCGUCUUUCCACUCAGCCUUCAUCGCGCCACCCAGCUAGACAUCGAGGCCACAUUCCGCCUCGAUCCGCUAGACAUCGCCGUCGCCAACGAGGCCGAUGUCGGCUACAAUUGCAGCACAAGCGGUGGCGCCGCAGGGCGGGGUAUGCUCGGCCCCUUUGGCCUCCUCGUGCUUGCCGAUGCCAGGCGCCAUGGUGGUGACGCGGAGCGUACCGCCGUCUACUUCUAUGUCGCCAGGGGCCUCGACGGCGGCUUGAACACACACUUCUGCCACGAUGAGACACGCUCAUCUUGUGCCAACGACAUUGUCAAGAGGGUCGUAGGCCAUACCGUGCCGGUACUCGAUGGUGAGGAGCUGUCCGUGAGGGUGCUGGUGGAUCAUUCGAUCGUUGAGAGCUUUGCGAUGGGUGGGAGGUUGACGGCAACGUCACGGGUAUACCCGACGGAGGCCAUCUACGCUAACGCCGGGGUGUACCUCUUCAACAAUGCCACCGGCGCUCGGGUCACCACCACCAGCCUCGUCAUCCACGAGAUGGACUCUUCCUACAACCAAGCCUACAUGGCCUCAUUGUAAAAAGAAAAUGGAAAAAAUAUUUUUUGUUUAGAAAAAAGUGAUAGAUAGCAUAUUGUACGCAUGUUUUUACACAAAGGAAGAUCUCUCAUUUCUUCGUUU